UCACAUUGCAAAGCAGAACAUCCAACAGAGGUCCUGACUGUGCCUCUGAAUGCAUGGAGCUUUGAGGCACUGCUCAGCUCCUGGCCUUCACCCAGCCUUGGGGCCUGGAGGGACCCCUCCCCACGAUGUUGGGAAGGGCUGGGACUGCUGGACCAGGAUCCCCUUCCAUGCCCUGAGUUUCCCUCUGUGCACUCAGGAGCUGACCCUGCACACGGCAUCGCCUUGCUCACGGUGCGGGACACCCCCCACCACGCUGACAUUCAGGCGUUGCAGUCCUGUUCAUUUCCAUUCUGCUCUCAUUCUCCCAUUUUUCUCUUUUAUUUACAUCGCCAUCUGCUCGCUCUCAUUUCAUCUCUCGCCUGGGGAAAGCUGCCAAAACUUGACUACAAAAAGGGCCUGAAGCCAAUGGAUCACAACGGUUUGGCCGACCCCUAUGUCAAGCUGCACUUGCUUCCCGGGGCCAGCAAGGCAAAUAAGCUGCGGACCAAAACGCUGCGCAACACUCUGAACCCCACCUGGAAUGAGACCCUCACCUACUACGGCAUCACCGACGAGGACAUGAUCCGCAAAACGCUGCGGAUUUCUGUCUGCGACGAGGACAAGUUCCGCCACAACGAGUUCAUCGGGGAGACGCGGAUCCCACUGAAGAAGCUGAAGCCCAACCAGACCAAAAACUUCAGCAUCUGCCUGGAGAAGCAGCUGCCGAUAGACAAAACAGAGGACAAGUCGCUGGAGGAGCGCGGCCGGAUCCUCAUCUCCCUCAAGUACAGCUCGCAGAAGCAGGGCCUGCUGGUGGGCAUCAUCCGCUGCGCCCACCUGGCUGCCAUGGAUGCCAAUGGAUACUCCGACCCCUAUGUCAAGACUUAUUUGAAGCCAGAUGAGGACAAGAAGUCAAAGCAUAAGACGGCAGUGAAGAAGAAGACGCUGAACCCUGAAUUUAACGAGGAGUUCUGCUAUGAGAUAAAGCAUGGCGACCUGGCCAAAAAGACCUUGGAAGUCACCGUGUGGGACUACGACAUCGGGAAAUCAAAUGACUUCAUAGGUGGAGUCGUGCUGGGGAUCAACGCCAAAGGCGAGCGGCUGAAGCACUGGUUUGACUGCCUGAAGAACAAGGACAAGAAAAUCGAGCGCUGGCACACGCUGACAAACGAGCUGCCGGGGGCCGUCCUCAGCGACUGAGCACCCCGCACUGCUGGGGCUCACAGGGCUGCAGGGCACAGCUCUGUGCCGGAGAGGGGAGCGCUUCCCAGGGAGCAAGGCAGAGGCCUCGUGCUCUGCUCGAUGGGUCCCAUCCCCUGCAGCUUUUCCUGUGCACCUUACACACACCCGCAGGCAUGCACAUACGUGCACACACACACACACACACACACGUGCACAACCACGUGCUUGCACACGCGUGCACACACACACUCAGCACACACCUGCAUGCACACAGGUCCGACUCCUCUCCCAAACUCGUCGCUGUACUGACUUACCUUCUCGCUGCCUUGCAAUUCAGUGGCAAAAAUGAAUGCAUCAGUCUUCGUUUGUGUAUCUACUACGAGCAAAAGGCGUCACUAAAACGUGGGACUAUUUUUCUGAGGCCGCCGUGCCCCGUUCCUGGUGGUUUGUCAGUCUUUGUGGUCUGGGCCUAAACAGUCUUAUACGCAUUUAAAGCUCCUCCGUCGGAAUGACUGGGUUCUCUGGUAACAUGGGAGGCUGUUGGCUUCUCUUCCAGACUAUUUGUGCUCACCCUCUCUGACAAUGCAGCUCGGCCUCCCUGGGAUCUGCCACGAGGAAUAAAGCAGGAACGGCUCCUGCUCCCUCCUGCUCUCCCUGCAAACCCUUCCCCAGAGCCUCCCAGCACACAGAACCCAAUGAGGCACCGGCGGGUGAGAACUCUGCCAAAUGCUGCACCUUGCCAGGAAUAUCAGAAGCCUUUAAACCUCAGUUCCUUCGGAGGAUCUGCUGUCCCGUCCGGUCUCGAUCUCUUCCCUACAGCUUCAGAUCCGUGUAGCCGUGUGCGCGUGGGUGUCGACGACUUCCUUUCUGAAAGCAAUCAGAUCUCUGGAAACCUCUGUUGACUUUUCCAAGUUCCGAUGGCGUUACACCAUGUUUGAUAUUGGG